AUGUCGUGGCUGCUCAAAAAGAAGAAGGGCCAGAUAGAGCCGAUACGACGUAGUCAGACGUCCAUGCAGUCGACAACGAUGUCCAUGACGCCGUCACAGCUGGAUCUGGCCAUCAGAGACAUGUUGCAGACCAACCCGCCUCGUUACGCGUGGGAGAACUUCUGUCGAGGGAACCCCAUCACUUCCUCUGGGAAGCGGAAGCAGCUGUUCAAGAUGGUGUCCAUUGUGAUGAUCCCGGUAGCGGUGUUGACAGGGCUGACUGGCAACACCUUCUUCGCCACCUUCACCAACUACGUCCAGUCGUCCAAGAUCAGAGCAACUCUGCUGUACAGCGUGGAGUUAGGCGCUGUUAUCCAUUAUCUUCAGGAGGAGCGCGACAUGAGUGCUCUGUAUCUGAGCUCCAUAGAAGAGAAAACAAAGACACUUCUGUUACAACGGUAUCCUGAGACGGACCGGUCCUUGGAGAAACUGACCUUCUGGACAACUGGGCCAACCCUCACAAGGACGGAGUUCCAGUCCAAGGACAAGUUUCUCUCCUACCUCAACAGGCACAGAUACGAGCUGGACACCUUGAAUCAGACCGUCACAAUGGAGCUGCAGAUGUACACAACUCUGAUCCGUGUCUUCAUCACGUGGCUAUACGACGCUGUGACAGAGGACCAGUCAGGCUCCAUCUGGCGGAGCUUGGUAGCAUACCAGGAAAUCAUCAUCGCCAAAGAGUACAUGGGUCUUGAGCGGGCUUUAGGAACCAUCUUCUACGCCUCGGGCAAGUUCCCGUCACGUGACGUGUACUUGUGGUUUUCCGAGAGUCAAGACGUGACAAAUGCUACUUUCCUAUCUGCAAGGCGAUAUUCGGACCUGGUACAUGCGUUGUAUGAACGAAACAUAAACGGUAACCGAAUGUUGCUGGGUGUUCUGGGCCGAAUGAGAGCAGAGAUCAGACGGAACGACCUGGCAGGGCGAGGAUCAGUAAAGAUGGCGCAGCUGUGGUUUGGCAACAUGACCCGCUACAUGGACCUGCUGCUGGAGACCCAGAAGGAGCUCGCUGAUGAGAUCACCCAGAUGCUGGACGAGAGGCAGGCUACCAACCUUCAGAAGAUGGUGGCCAUCUCCAUCGUGUUUGUCUGCGUCUUUAUACUGUGUCCUGUUAUUAUAUACGCCGUGUACUCUUUGACCAACGAGAUUCAGAAGUAUUCUAUAACCCUGGCGGAGAGAACAAAAGCUCUAAAUAAAGAGAAACGGCGGACGGACACGUUGCUGUAUCAGAUGUUGCCGAAGUCCGUGGCUGACAUCCUCAAAAGUGACGAGGAAUUCCAUGCCGAAAACUACAGCGAAGCCACCAUCUUCUUCUCCGACAUCCAGGGCUUCACGCAGAUCUCCGCCCGCAGCUCACCUGUACAGGUGGUGCAGAUGCUCAACAGUCUCUACUCCUGCUUCGACGACAGGAUUGCCCAGUACGACGUGUACAAGGUGGAGACCAUCGGGGAUGCCUACAUGGUGGUGUCAGGCAUCCCUAGGAGGAACGGGCAGCGUCAUGCAGCCGAGAUCUGCACCAUGGCCCUGGAUCUCCUGCACCACAUCAGUCGCCUGGAGAUUCCUCAUCUUCCUGGAACGAAAUUUAAACUGAGGAUUGGUUGCCAUUCAGGUUCUGUGGUGGCUGGAGUUGUGGGCACCAAGAUGCCGAGGUACUGUCUGUUUGGCGAAACCGUCAGCGUCGCCGCCAAAAUGGAAGCUCUGGGGAAGCCUGGCCGGAUCCACCUGAGUCAAACAUCUCAAGAUGCUCUGAUGGCCUUUGGCGACUUCUAUGUUGAGGAGCGAGAAGACCUGCUAGCUAGGGAGGACCGGGAACUCCAGAUGUUCCUCAAGGGAGACGUUCACACCUACUGGCUAAUCGGAAAGGCUGGGAUGACUCCAGCCAGUCCCAAUUCCAGAUCCGGACAAAAAUACUCCUCGGCUGAAUCCACGGACAGUGAGGAAAAAUUGCACCAGGAUGGUCAGUACAGACUGCACUAA